UAAACCACCUGACUAGGCAACAGAGGAACAUAUAAUCAGAAUUCACCCUUUGGCAAUACUUGCUGAUUGGGUCACAAAAAGCAAGCGGCUUUUAACCUUUAAUAUCUGGCUCCCGAGUUGUGCCACGAGUAGUCGCGAAGGAGAGGUUCUCCCUCAGUUUUCCCGGAGGAUAGAAAUAAAAAUCCAUCAGCACAGAUUCUGUUUUUUCCCCUCUUCGGUUAAAAUCUCAGUGCGCGUAUGAGCGUGCGUGUAGGCAUUUUGCUGGAGAUGUUUUACGAAACUUUAAGGAUGAUAUACCUUGGAUGUUUCCUGUUGCUCUGUGGGUUUACGCACGUUAUGGCAAGUUAUCCUAUCUGGUGGUCACUAGCAGUGGGCCACCAGUAUUCCUCACUGGGUAAUCAACCUAUUCUAUGUGGCAGCAUCCCAGGCCUGAUCCCCAAACAGCUGCGUUUCUGCCGGAACUACGUGGAAAUCAUGCCUAGCGUCGCUGAAGGGGUGAAGAUUGGCAUCCAAGAGUGUCAGCACCAGUUCAGAGGCCGACGCUGGAACUGCACCACAGUCAAUGACAAUCUGGCUAUUUUUGGACCAGUGUUAGAUAAAGCCACUCGAGAGUCAGCAUUUGUGCAUGCUAUUGCCUCAGCGGGAGUGGCAUUUGCAGUGACCCGUGCCUGUGCUGAGGGUUCAGCCACUAUCUGUGGAUGUGACACACGUCGCAAGGGCCCCCCUGGUGAGGGAUGGAAGUGGGGUGGCUGCAGCGAGGAUGUGGAGUUUGGGAGCAUGGUGUCCCGGGAGUUCGCUGAUGCCAGGGAGAAUCGCCCUGAUGCACGCUCAGCCAUGAACCGCCAUAACAAUGAAGCAGGAAGAAUGUCCCUCAGCGACAACAUGUUUCUGAAGUGCAAGUGCCAUGGUCUUUCGGGGAGCUGUGAGGUCAAGACGUGCUGGUGGUCUCAGCCUGACUUCCGAGUUAUUGGUGACUACAUGAAGGAUAAGUAUGACAGCGCAUCUGAGAUGGUUGUGGAGAAACAUAAGGAGUCCCGUGGGUGGGUGGAGACCCUGAGACCCAAAUACAACUACUUCAAACCCCCCACAGAGCGUGACCUGGUUUAUUAUGAAAACUCACCUAAUUUCUGUGAUCCUAAUCCUGAGACUGGUUCCUUUGGCACUCGUGAUCGCAUCUGCAACCUAACGUCACAUGGCAUAGAUGGAUGUGACCUCCUGUGCUGCGGAAGAGGUCACAAUACCCGGAUUGAGAAGCGAAAGGAGAAGUGCCACUGUAUUUUCCACUGGUGCUGCUACGUCAGUUGUCAGGAGUGUGUGAGAGUCUAUGACGUGCACACCUGCAAAUAGGGAUGUCUGGUUCUCAGCUUAUAUAACCAAAAUGUAAAGACUUCAGUAGGCAGCAGAACAAAUACAGGAACUUUUCUGCAAAACAUGAGAGACUGUAAACUCGUCUGACUUGUCCGAGGACUCCGAUGGCAACAUGCUGUGAUACUAAGAAGAGCCAUAAUCAACAGGAGCAACUGAGUAGAUGUCAACAUCACAAAGCAUUACCUGCAUGAACUGCAAUAGUGUUGACGAGAAGAACAACAAUGUUAUCUACAGAGAUAACAAAAGAGUUUUCAUGUACUGACGUAGAGAAGGAGGACUGUCGGCUAAUUGACAAACACCAUAUUGGUGAUUUUUUUUCUCUGUUCCAAGUAGUUACUUUGUUGAGACUAGUACAGCACUGCCAAUGCUUUCAAGUGAAUAGGACAAACAAUGAAAAAGUCACAUUUUCUUCAAUGUGUAAUCAUCACUUGUUUUUGCCACAAGAAAGGUGAACAUAAGAUUUGCUAUUUACAUGAUCAGACACUCAACAGCAUGCAUUCUCUUCCUCAGCAUUAUUAGUAUGUGUGUGUAUAUAUGAAAACUAAUAUUAUUGUUGCGUGAAUGAGUAUUUUGUAUAGUGUUAAUAUGUUUCUGAUGUUUGGGUAAGAAUGCACUUGCACCUGAGUGAAUGUAGUUAUUAUGCUGUAAUGUGUUUACAUAUUCACAAAUUCUCAAGCUAACAUAUUAAUAUCUGCUUUAAAUUACUCAUUUUAUUUAAGAGUAUAUGUGAGCCACAUCCACUGAACAUCGACCAAUUAAGACAAUACACAGUCUGCACAUUUCCUGACACACGUGAAAACACAGGAAGCUUUUUCUUAAAUGAUAAGGCAGUUUUCUAUAUUAACAGUAUUUCAGCACUCCCCAUACAGAGACUAAAACUUGCAAUGAAUUGCCUCUACCCAUGAAUAAUGUGAAACACACCGCUGCACUGGGUGACAUAUUUCUUCAUUAGUAAAACCCAGACCUGAGUGUAAGGAGCUAGUAGAAUGUAAACAAAACUGAGUGCUGGGCUGGGGUUUAGUAAUCUAACAACGUGUCACCCAGUCUCAGCAGUUUGUUUCUCUGAUGUGUUUUUAAUUGUUUUUGGACAACAACGGAGCUCUAUCACACAGCAAAACAUGCUAAUCAAGGACUGACAGGCUGACAAACAUUAAACAUGAGGAGAGGCAAUUUAUUGUUGGUUUUAGUCUGUGUAUGGAGAUUUCUGAAAACAGUACCAAUAGAGAAAAUGAGCAGCUUUAUCCUUUAAGAGUAACAGUGCUUGGAACAACAUAGUGAGUUAUGACCAAAGAUAAGAAAAGAAAACCCCCUGUUAUUCUGAGGUAGUCAACUGUAAUGAAUCUGAAUGGUCAGCACUUGUCCUGUUGAGAAAUAUGAAGCAUCUUCUCCUUGGUUUUUUUUUUAUCAGUAUUAGCAAUGUCACAUGUGACUGGGUGUGGGGGAAAAUUCUUAUUUAUAUGUGGAUAUGUCCACAUUUUCUUUCAUUUAUACAAAUAUAAUAUUCUUUAUUUUGAUAUUUGAUCAGAGAGAAGUAAAUUCUGUGCUCCAUGAGAAAAGACACAAAUGGCAGAUAAACUGCAAACUAAGCUGUAUCAUAUAAGCUCUGUAUAAUACAGUAAAAUUUGCAGUUGUAGAAAAAAAAAAGAUGACCAAAUCUGUUCACGUGAUGAUUCUCAGUUGUGGCUUAUUGUUCCAAACUAAACAACAAGCAGAAUCACUGAAACGACAGUAUCAGUACUUUCCUUAUUUUAACGCUGCUAAAUAAAGAUAAUGUGG